CCCUCCACGUGCCGCCCACCAGCCUCCAGGUGCCUCCCGCCCACCCGGGCCUUACCUUGUCUGGUCUCAUGGGUCUGCCUCUCAAGACCGUGGAGGUGGUGGAGAUGAGAGAGGGCGGGGGCCAGGAGCUAGACCCCGGAGUGGCCGAGCUACUGGGCUCAGGUGACGAGCGCACCGCUGCGCUCAGGACUUCGCAGCGGUUCUACCUGCGGCUGGUGCAGUGGCUGGGCCGCAAGCGUCGGCCGGGCCGGACGCCCAGGUCGGCCGAGCACCACGCUAAAGUGCACUAUGGCCUCCGCCCGGAGGCGCCGCCGCACGACACCAAAACCGCUCGGAGGAGGUUCGCCGACCUGCUGCGCCGUGCUGCGCGGGGCGGGUCGUGGGAGGAGGGCCGCACGCUGCUGGCGCAGCAGGAGAGCGGGUACUCCUCGCCCAACAUAUCCGCACAGCACACGCCCACCGCCCACCACCGCCUGGUCAACCCGCCCGGGUUCAUGCGCCGCUCCCUGGAGCUCUCCCCGCAGCGGGCGCCCUCGACCAGGCCGCGCAUGUCCCUCCCCGCCGACCACCUCCGACGGACGCUCGACGGCCGCUUCUCGACCCAGGCGGCCGAGCGCCGCAGGCGGCUAUCGCGGGGCAAGACCAUCAGCCAGGACGAAGGGUUCCCGCCGACGCUGACCACGCCGCAGGAGCCCAACUGUACCGCCCGGCCCAACACCCCGCUGGUGACGAGCGCUCGGAGGAUGUCCCGCCCGGGGUCGUCGAGCAGAGAGGAGAGCACCGGGGAGGAGAGCGGCUUCGAGGAAGAGGAGCCGGUUGAGGUGCGGGUGCCGCCGCUGGUGCCGGAGGAGCGGCGGGACUCCGGCUCCUCGACCACCACCCAGCCGGCCACCACCCACGACCCGCUGGCCGAGUGGGCCAUCUCCUGGGACCAACUCCGCUUCGGCCACGUCCUCCGCCGCGGCUCCACCACCAACAUAUACAGGGGGCGCUGGCAUGGCGACGUCAUGAUCCAUACCUUCGACGGCUCCGACACCAACACGGAGCGCCGCUUCUGGGAACUGGUGUCGAGUCUAUCCAUGAUCCGACACGAGAACAUUGUGCUGUUCAUGGGGGCGUGCAUGGCGCCGCCCAACCUGGCCAUCGUGACGGGCGUGCGGCGGGGCAUGUCGCUCCAUCAACACACAAACUCCAGGGGUUCGAUUCCCUACCCAUCUCGAGUCAACAUUGCUCGCCAGGUUGCGCAAGCCAUGUCAUACCUCCACUCACGUGGGAUCAUCCACGGGCGCCUCAACUCUCGCAACGUCUUCCUCGAGGCCAAGAUCAAGCUCAGCCUCCUGGACCACAGCAUGGCGGAGUCCGGCCCUACAGGAGAGAACACCGGCAGCCUCGCUCAGGGGCUUCUCACCUACCUGCCUCCAGAGAUGAUGCGAACGCUUCAGGUGUCUCCUCCACACGUGACUGUGCUGGCACCCCCCACCCAGCAGUCAGAUGUGUACAUGUAUGGCACUCUGGUGUACGAGCUGUUCGCCGAGGCACCGCCCUUUGCCAUGCAGCACCCACAUGCCGUCAUCUUGCAGGUGGGCAGGCGGCGCCAGCCUGCAACGGCAGACCUUCAGUGCACUCAGAACCUGAAGACGCUGAUCGGUGAGUGCUGGGACUCUGAAACCGCCCAGAGGCCAGUGUUUCCGGACAUUCUCAAAACCCUACAGCAAACACUCUCCCUCCACCGUGCUCAUUCCACCUCGGAACCCGAGAGACUGAACCGAAUGGGUAUAUCUGGCCGGAUAUCAUGCUGACAGGACGUGGACCGGCCCUCUCUGCCGGGUCGUUCGCUCACUGAAGAAACCAUCAAUGAUACUCUCAAGAGGGAACCAUUUGUCAGGCUGCCAUAGCGGGCUCGACUUGUUAUUAGUGCGCUCUCUCAGUGGUUCCAAUAUUAUGCCAAAGAAUAAGCUCCAAUGCUAUGGUGUGUGUGUGUAGAAAAGGCAAGACGAAUUUUGCGUGUUUUAAGAAGGUCACAUUUCUCAUCAACAGGUUGUGUGAAGCAGGCCGUGUCAGGCUCCUAUAACAAUGGUUCCUGGGACGAUGAGCCACAAAUGUUAACCUGUUAUACUCAAAGCUUAUCGUAACUUUUUAUACAAAACCAUUCCUCAAGUCCUUUGCAACGUUUGCCAAACUUCUCCAAACCAAAGAUGUUAUAUUAAUAUAAUGAUACUCGAUGUCAAAAGCUGUAGACUCAUGAGCUAGUCUGCUGGCAUGGCGAGGAAGCGGCGCCAAGUGAAACAAGCUUCAUACAAGCCCAAGAGUUCACAGUCUGUUUUCUGAUAUGUGAGGAUUCGGCUUCCACUUCCGUAUAACGACAGCCCUGUAGUAGUAGUAUUAGCAGUAGUAGUAGUAGUAGUUAGUGGUUGUCAGGAAGGGCUGUCGCUCAUCCUCUACGCAGACCCAAGUGUCUGUAUACCUCACUCGCUCACUCACUCAUUCACUGUCCUUCAUAAGGCCAGCUAGUCUUAAAAGGUUCUACAGUUACCAAAGUUUAGAUACAGGUAUCGUAUUGUUUUCUCCAUUACUUAUCGUUGGGAAUGGGGGGUGCAAACACACAUCUCCCUCUCACUCUGUCUUCCGUCAGCUCUAGGGUAACCGGAAGGGAUGAGCUCUUUGCCACUUGCAGUUUGCUUACACUUCCUUUUUUUGUGUAAGGGGAAAGUAAAAAUGAUUAGGAGUGUGAGUGCCACAAAGCACACAUUAACCUGCCGGCCAUUAGGGCACCUAAAAGGGUUAGAAUAUAGCUAUGGACAAUGUUAUUUUUGUCUGUCUGCUCCUCUGUGUGUGUCUUAUGUAUAAUCUUCAGACUGGAAUUUGUCAUAUACUGGUUAUAUGAAUUCUAGUUAUCAUAUCAUUGUUUCAUUUUUUGGAAUGUGAUGCUCAUUCAGAAUCAAUCUUCAAUCUUUUUGGAAGAUAUCUCAUUUUCCAAGAUUGAUGAGGGUUGCACUUUACAAGAUCGAUGAUGUCAUCUUGUACGAUGAAAUAUGAGCGAACUAUAGACUGAUGAAGAAGUCAACCUCCAAGAUUGAUGAUUAAGUAAUUUUGCAAGAUUGAAAAUGAAAUGAUCUUACAAGAUGUAGACAUCAUAGUAGAUUGACGAUGAAGGCAUCUUUCAAGCCGUUUUAAUUUCUUUCAUCCAAGGAGCACAAAAUCUUCCUCCCUUCCAUUCUCUCCACCCUAAGAUUUAAAUUCUUAUUAAGUUAUGGCUUUAGAUUCCAUUUCUCGAUUCAGUGCAGAGACAAAUGCUACUUGCAUUUGUCUCAUAACACUAA